CCACGUCGGGCCAGGGCAAAGGGCACCCCCAGCGGAAACCUCCCGCCGCCUCCCUGCGCAGUAGCAACCUCCAGAAGCCACGUGCGCGUCAGCGUCGAAGCAGGGAGUGGCCCGGAGGUGGCGGCCGGCAGCCGAGGCAGGAGGAGGAGGAGAGAGAGGAGGGACCGGGGACCGCGGCCUCGAGUGGCCGCUCUCCACACAGAGCUCGGCGCGGAGCAUCAGCCGGACGCCGCACUUGGCUGCUAUGGAGGGCGUCGGAGCCCACCUCGGCUUCGCGCGCUGCCGCUGCCCGUGAAUUGUCUCCAGCGCGCGCGGCGCUCUUUUCAGCGAGAACAAUGAUUCCCAUCACUGAAUUCCGCCAGUUCUCUGAACAGCAGCCAGCCUUCCGAGUUUUGAAGCCAUGGUGGGAUGUAUUUACAGACUAUCUUUCUGUUGCCAUGUUGAUGGUUGGUGUGUUUGGUUGCACAUUACAGGUGAUGCAGGAUAAGAUCAUAUGUCUUCCCAAAAGAGUCCAGCCUUCUCAGAACGUAUCUCACCUUCUUAAUAUGUCAGAUAUAGACUCCAGUGCAGCUCAGUUCCUUCCACCCAAGCCAUCCACACCUCCUGCCACGGUUGAAAUGAAGGGCCUAAAGACUGACUUAGACCUCCAGCAGUACAGCUUUAUAAAUCAAAUGUGCUACGAACGUGCCUUGCAUUGGUAUGCAAAGUACUUUCCAUACCUUGUCCUUAUACACACAUUGAUCUUCAUGCUGUGUAGCAACUUUUGGUUCAAAUUCCCAGGGUCCAGCUCAAAAAUUGAACAUUUCAUUUCCAUUCUGGGAAAAUGUUUCGACUCGCCUUGGACCACGCGGGCUUUGUCAGAGGUAUCUGGAGAAGACUCUGAGGGGAAGGAAAACCGGAAGAACAACAGCAGCAGGUCAAACACAGUCCAGCCUAGCACAGAAGGCAAUUUGGUCAGGACACAGUCUUUAAAAUCCAUAUCUGAAAAAUUCAUUGUGGAUAAAGGAACUCCGGGGGCUUUGGAUAAAAAAGAAGGAGAGCAAGCUAAAGCAUUAUUUGAGAAGGUGAAGAAAUUCCGUCUCCAUGUUGAGGAAAGUGACCUACUAUAUGCUAUGUAUGUUCGCCAAACAGUGCUGAAAGUGAUCAAGUUUCUUAUUAUUAUUGCAUAUAACAGUGCACUUGUUUCAAAAGUUCAGUUUACAGUAGAUUGCAAUGUUGACAUUCAAGACAUGACAGGAUAUAAGCACUUUUCUUGCAAUCACACAAUGGCACAUCUUUUUUCUAAACUCUCAUUCUGCUACUUAUGCUUUGUAAGCAUUUAUGGACUGACAUGCCUUUACACUUUGUACUGGCUGUUUUACCGCUCUCUGAAAGAAUAUUCUUUUGAAUAUGUCCGGCAAGAGACUGGAAUUGAUGAUAUCCCAGAUGUCCGGAAUGACUUUGCUUUCAUGCUCCAUAUGAUCGACCAGUAUGAUCCUCUUUAUUCGAAAAGAUUUGCUGUGUUUCUUUCAGAGGUCAGUGAAAACAAACUGAAGCAGCUGAAUUUAAACAAUGAGUGGACUGCCGAUAAACUCAGGCAACGAUUGCAAAUGAAUGCCCGUAACUGUUUGGAACUGCAACUGUUUAUGCUGUCUGGACUUCCUGAUACAGUCUUUGAAAUUACAGAGCUUCAGUCCUUGAAACUUGAAAUUAUUAAUAAUGUCAUGAUACCAGCUACCAUUGUGCAACUCGACAAUCUCCAAGAGCUCUCCCUAUACCAGUGUUCUGCAAAGAUCCACAGUGCAGCCUUGGCGUUUCUAAAAGAAAACCUGAAAGUCUUGAAUGUCAAGUUUGAUGACUUCAGAGAACUUCCACCUUGGAUGUAUGGGCUCAGAAAUUUAGAAGAAUUGAGCUUAAUUGGUUCCUUAUGCCAUGAUAUUUCCAAAAAUAUAACUUUGGAGUCUUUUCGAGAGCUUAAGAACCUUAAAGUUCUGCACAUUAAAAGCAACCUGUCCAAAAUCCCACAGUCUGUAGUUGAUGUUUCAAGUCAUCUUCAAAAGAUGUGCAUUCAUAACGAUGGCACUAAACUAGUCAUGCUCAACAACCUGAAAAAAAUGGUCAACUUGACAGAAUUAGAGCUGGUGCACUGUGAUCUAGAGCGCAUUCCUCAUGCUGUUUUCAGCCUUAACGCUCUCCAGGAGCUCGAUCUUAAGGAAAACAAUCUGAAAUCUAUAGAGGAAAUUGUUAGCUUUCAACACCUUAGAAAACUUACAACCCUAAAGUUAUGGCACAACAGUAUAACCUAUAUCCCUGAGCACAUAAAGAAGCUUACUAGCCUAGAACGGCUUUCUUUUAGUCACAACAAGAUAGAGGUCCUCCCGUCCCACCUUUUCCUAUGCAACAAAAUUAGAUAUUUAGACCUAUCUAACAAUGACAUACGAUUCAUCCCCCCUGAAAUUGGGGUUCUACAAAGUUUACAGUAUUUUUCAAUUUCCUGCAACAAAAUAGAGAGUGUGCCAGAUGAGUUAUACUUUUGCAAAAAAAUCAAGACGCUGAAGAUUGGGAAAAACAACUUGUCUAUUCUUUCACCUAAAAUUGGAAAUCUAGUGUUGCUCUCCCACUUGGACCUUAAAGGAAAUCACCUGGAGUUUCUCCCCCAUGAACUUGGUGACUGCAGAGCUCUUAAAAAGAUUGGACUUGUGGUGGAAGACACCUUAUUUGAAACUCUGCCUUUGGAUGUUAGAGAACAGAUGAAGGCUGAGUAAUAUUUUCAGUACUCAGUACAGACUUUCUGCCAAACGCCUCAUAUAUAAUAUGCCUUCAAGUCUUUAUCUUAUUAUGACGUAUUUUGACGUUUUAUAUAUGGAUCAUUUUGGAAUAUAUGUAUUACAUAUAAACUAAUAUUUAUAUAAGUUUUCUUUUUCUACCCCUCCCAUUUUCACGUUUACAAUUUUUUUUUAAAGUUAUAGCCUUAUAUUGUUAUGUUCCUACUUUUUACUCUGCUUUGUUGAGAUCAAAUUGCUAACAUCUGCCUUAAAAAAAAAAAAUGCCGUAGGUCAAACAAAGAUCAUCAUCUUUAAAAAUAAAUAAUUUAGGUAACACAUUUAAGUAGAAUAAUUUAUGGUUGCUGUAGCAACUGUGAUUCUUUCUAUUCUGCUUUUUUAAAAAUCACCUAAAUGCUUUAAGAUUGCAAAAGUGUUCUUUAUCUUGUUUAUGUCCUAGUUGCAGGUAAUUGUGGCUUCUGCAAGUCAGAUUGCCCUGUCCUUGGGAGUUCUUUAUAGCAAAACAGUAAAGUAUCAUUGAUAAAAGAUAACUAUUCUGUGCUCUUAAAAUCUAUGCUGCUAUUGCUGGCAAUAGAACUUAUUCUUUAGAAGACUUAAUUAAAAUCGCACUUUAGCCAGGAUGCAGUUUUAUUUAAAUUUCUUUUGAGUCUCUUGGCUCCAUAUUUAGUAUUCUUAGUUAUAAUCAGAACAUGAGUCUGGAGAUUAUGUUCUGACACUACGAAUCUUUCUUUCAUCUCCUUCUGUAUGUUACUGUGAUUCCUAAAUCUACAUUAGUAAAUCUCUGCAGAUUCAAAACAGAUAUGACUUUGCACAAAGCAGUUUCCAAUCUUUCUAUCAUGAAUACUUUCAUAAUCAUCUAAGGUUGCACUACAUCAUAAUUACGGUAUAAUUACAGAGGAAGGAAAGAUCAAAUUUUAAUAACAAAGGUUUUUUCUUCUUCUCCGUCACGGUUUCCCACAAAGAUUUAUAGGAAUUUAACUGAGUGGGAGUGUUAAAAAUUAUAUUAAUUAUUUCCUCUGCUUCCCUCACUUUUAAGAAAGUACAGCAUCCUAGAUUCCCAUGAAGUGACAAAUGUGUGGUUGUGAAAUAUUUUGGACUUGAUUUUCCAUGAAAAUGUAGCAUGCAAAUCAAUUAUUAUGGUAGUAAACAAAGUCAUGCAAGUCACGAAAUAAGGAAUUUUUAGUCUUACAAAACUAUUCAUGCUUGCUUGGAAAGAAAUAAUUCAGUUCAGAAGGAUUUAUUUCCAGUACGUUACAAAGAAAAUGGAAUAUUUGCUUAAACAUAGCCCUGCACUAUAGAGAAUAUUCAGAAAGCUGUCUACAUAUGAAGAAGUCUUCCCUGAAGUUAGUCAUUACAGAUGCAACUUGCAUUUGAACAUCUGUCAUCAAAUCAUUAAAAUGCUAGGUGGAUUAGUUUUAGAGGUAUGCUUUGAGACUACAAGGUGUCCACAACUAAUUGCUUGUGAUUGCAAUCAAGCAUCAUAGUAAGUCUUAGUUUAUUGUAAUGGGAAAGAAUAAUAGACUCAGAUUUAUACAUCCUUCUCUCCUUUUCCAUCAUGGCCAAAAGUUAUUUUGUAAAAGAAACCUAACAUAUGAAACAAGAACCCAGCUAGAGGCCCUGGGCAGGGCAGAAAUAGAGAUCCUGGGUGGGCAGGAAUAGAGGCCCAGGGUGGGGCACAGAUUUAGGCCCUGGCUGUUAAGCAAAUAGAGGCCCUGGGCAGGACAUGAACGGAGGCCCUGUAGCAUGUGAAAAAGCCCCAGCUGAACUGGCACAAAAGAAGCUCCCUGCCCAUAUAGGAGUGGGGCAUGGUGCAGCAUGCAUGACAGUCACCAAUCCAUUUGUUCAAAGCUGCCGUAACUUCAAAUGAUUACUGAACAAAUGGACAUUAAGUGGGGAUUGCUUGCAUAUCUAAACUAAGUAUGGAGUGGACUUGAUUUUACUCUCUUUCUCAUAUCCCACAGAGUCCAUGACAAGGUUUCUGCUCCCACUAUUUAACAAGCACCUUCACAACUUGAAAACAGUACAUUUAGUAUUUGCUGAGUGUCUAGCAGAAGUGACAAGAUUUGUCUCCCCAGGUAGAUUAACCAAACUGAAGCAUCUGGUCUAUAACGAAAAAUAAAAUCUCCAUAAAACUAGCUAUUUGGUUAAAAAUAGCUUCCAAUAGUUGCAAUUGCACGUGGUCUUUCUCUUAAAAGAAGGAAGCCUCGUGAGUCAGACCUGUCAACGCCCAUGUUCUUUUCCUGGAGUGGUGUUCAGUAUAAUCGUCAUCAGGGCAGGAGGACAGAAUCCCUCUUCCAUUGUUGCUCCUCUUCAAUUGGUAUUGAAGGCAUGUUGUUGAUAUAUCUUCUAAUUUAUCCGACCCCCCUGAUCGGUACCACUUGACUAUCAGUUCCAUCAAUUGUCUGUAAUAUAUAUAUAUAUAUUACAUAUUGCUGAUACAUUCCAAAUGUGUUGGUCACGUUUGUUUGUUUGUGUGGCACAGCUCAAUCCUGCACACAUUUAUGUUGGAAUCGGAACCACUGAAUUAUUCGAGCCUUCUUUGGGGCUCUUUAGGGUUACAUUGCUCAGUUCAGACAUGAUCUCAUCGUUGUAAAACAGAAACAACCUCCACCAACAGAACGUCUCUUAAUUUUUCAGCAACAGUCUUGCGGGAGUUCUUUCCUCCAUUCAGAGGACUUGUCUAUAUUACAAGCAAUUCUCAGUUUUAUAGUGGCUUAAUGGUCAUGAACCUUGGAAAUGAUGUUUGGUGGAAAUGUAGAUUCUUGCUAGAGACUCUUAAAUGCAGUUCUCUUAGAACUUCAACUAAUAGGCUGGGCUAUGCGGUAUUUCCUAGUGUUUUUGUAUGAAGCUGGGAAUGCCAGUCCCUGAUGCUAUUAAACGAUAAACCUCCACUUAAUGGAAAACAGCAUUAAUGUUGAGGCAAAUCCUUAUGCUAAGAUGGGAAAUGCAGCCUGAAGUUCAGACCCUGCCAACUGCAUCUUGCGCUCUGAUUUGUUUCCUAUCUUCAUUCUUUGCUUAAAAGUAUAAACAAGUCAAGGGCUGAAGUAAAACAUCCCAAGCUAAAAGAGUCUUACAAGCAGUCCAUUCUCUACAUUGCUGAGAUUUUCCAGGACAUGAAGAGGAGAAAUGUUCUUUUCAGAGUCUUAAAUCUAUUCUAUAAACCAAAGUGCUGAUGUUGCUAAUAAACAAACUAUUUUAAGCUGUCAGUACAACUAGUGACUUUCUGUAAAGAUCUAUUGUAGAACUGAAGGCUUGUCUUACAUUGAAGGGGAGACUGAUACAGCCUAACCUUACAAUCUAGUGGAGGUCUACUUUUACUGCAAGGGCAUACUACAAGUGGUGGUUUAUCACUUAUAAUUGGAAGGUGCUAUUUCUGUAAUUACACAAAAUAUAAUAUCUGCUGAAAGGAUGUCAAGAGUUGUAUGCACUAUUCCUAUACAGACUAAUAAGAUGAAAGGGUGUGUGUGGGUAUCAUCUGUGCAUAUCCAUAAUUGCAAUUUCUUUCAUGCUUCCAAUGUUAUAUAUUACUGAGGAGAUUGUAAAAUGUGGGCAUUUAUACUGAGAUAUGUGUUCUAUAUUUGCAGGGUGAGGGCCAGAAGAGGCCUGGGUCUAUGAUCCAUUGUGCAUAUAGUAUAUACUGUAUACUUUACAUGAAUUGCCCACAAGAUCUACUUUCAUCAUAGAAAUAGUUCAAAACGGCUGCAGGAUCUUGGACAUUUUCUCUGGAGAAAUCUCACCAUCUCCAUUAGGGUUUCUUCAAAUCAAGUGGUCAAAGGAGUUCAAGCUUGUUUUUAAAAUGUAUACAAAGAUAUAUACAAAGCUUUUGUCAUUCAUAAUACUGUAUUGCAUAUCGCAAGCAACAUCUUUUUUAUUUGUCUUUAAGUUAGAGUUUUAAAAAAAACUAUCAUAUUUUAAAUAUGUCAUUUUUAACAUUGAUGUGCAAUAUUCAUGAAAUAAGCUUAGGGAAAUUGACUAUUUGACUUCAUUCUAUAAUUAUUUUUGUGCAAAGUCAUAUUAUCUAAAUGUACUUUUAAAAUAUACUUGCUCCGAAGUGGUGACUUUUCCAAAUGCUACUUAUAUCAGGAAAUGAUAUCAAAGAAGUCACCAUCAUAUUACAUAUAUCUGCGUAUAAUCAACUAUUUAAAUAUUACAGCAAAUUAUAUUCAUUUAGUCUGAAUUGGUUUUUCUUCAUAUUAUUGAGCAGUGUUAGAAUUGGUUCAACGUGAUGGUAAUUCUGCUACAUCUUAAUGCAUAGAAACACAAUCUGGAAUUUAUUACUGGUGAUCAGGAUGUUGUCAGUCCCAUCAGAUUCUUCCUUUUCCUCCAUCAAGUAUAACUGCAAUUUUUAUAACGAGUUUCAUUUAUGAGGGUAAAUAGGGGAUGUGAUUGAAAUAGAAUGGAAAGAUAAUGCAAAGAUUUUAAGUUGUAAUUAAGUUGCAACGUGAUGCCAUUGGUAUCUUCUGAAAGGUCGAGAACAGCUUUCUUAACUUAAACCUAUUAUAGUUCCCGUCAAUCUCAACUGUUGUUUGUUUCUUUAUCCCAUCAGUCUUGACCAUUUGAAACCAUCACCAUGUUGUGGUAGAAUCUAAGUUGAGUGUCUGUAGUCAUCUUCACUCCAUUUUAUGAUUUCUAUCAUGGAGACUAGCAUGCCUGACUUCAGAGUCAUACCAAAACUCCGCUUGCUUUCUAAGGUUGCAACUUGGGCAGCUUGAAUGCUUCAUAAAUAUAUUGCUUCACUGGAGAUUUCAAAAUUUGUCAUAUAUACAACUAGGUUCUUUGUUAUUUUCAUGAAAUAAUGACUUCGUAUUAAGAGUUUCCGUAAUUGAGAUUUUAGGAAAAAAGAAGAUCUAAACAUAAGAAUGACAUUUGUAUAGUUAAUAUGUGAUCACAUAGCUGUUGUUUGAAAAUUGUCAUUCUGGAUUGUAUGGAUCAUUCUUAAGUAGAUGCAACCAUUAUUUUCCUUUGAACUUCCCUUUCUGAAUUUUUAUACAGAGCUAAAUUCAGUUCAAAUGCAGCAAAAGUGUUAUAGAAUGGUGAUUCCACCAGACAACUGAAUAUACUGGUCAAUGCAUGCUAUAAAGAUUUGAUUUGUUAACUGGAUAGUGUGAAAGUAUUAUCUUUUAAUGCACCUAGGCCAAUCUGGAACAGAAUAGAAUUAACUGUAGGGAGGGAAAACUGAAUAAAGUUGGUUCUCUUAAAUGUGAA